GAAUCAUUCUCUACCCGUGGUGGUGAGCGGACGUGCACAGUGCGCUACGCCUGCGCUGAGUCGCACCCGACACGAGGAAUUCGCACCAGAUUGCGUAAGCUGGCUGAUUGGACGAGCGAGGGUGCGAUGCGGCUGUUCAGUGCUCGUGCAGCCAGCGCCGAGUGUGGAGGUGCUUCGGGAGUGCUCUCGCCACUGACCAACACGAGCGAGGGACUGCGGCCGGCCCCGACCUUCACGACUCCGACUCUGUCGCUGACUCCGACCACUUUGCGCUCCAUUGAAGACUCGCUGAUGGAUACCGGAGAAGGUGGUGCCUCUCGGCCGGCCGCUCACCAGUACCAGGCCGGCUUCGUGGUGCCUCCGGUGACGUUCUCUCAGCUGGACCAGCACCGGUGGCAGGGCGGCGUGACCACCGUCACCGCCGGCCGUUCCGCCGGCGGACCUUCCCUGAUCGACGCGGCCGCCCGGCCGGCGCCGCAGGGCCACCGGCGCGGCGGCCGCCGGCCCAGAGACGACGCCGUCUCGCCCGAGGAGGAGCACCGACGUCGUCUGCGACGCGAGCGGAACAAGCAGGCGGCGGCGCGGUGUCGGCAGCGACGCGUCACGCUGACCAACACGCUGCAGGCCGAGACGGACGAGUUGGAGAUGGAGCGCUCGGCGCUGGAGCGCGAGAUCCGCCACCUGCAGGCGCAGAAGGAGGAGCUCCACUUCCUGAUAGAGUCGCACCGGCCCUGCUGCCGCAUCGGCAAGGAGAACGAGCCGGCGCCGGCGCCCACUCGCCGCUCGUUCGUCGUCAAACAGGAGCCGGCGGAGGAGGCCACCGUGCCGCAGGCGGCGCCCUACCUGGGUCAGCCGGCUGUCUCCGCCGGGCUCGAGCAGACGGUGCCUCAGGCGGGCCCGGCCCGACAGGCGCGGCCCACCUCGCUGGCACUGGUGCCGAGCAGCGGCCCUGGCGUGGCCAUCAACACGCCCUCGCACGGCCUGGGACUCAACUUUGACUCGCUGAUGGAGGGCGGCACGGGACUGACCCCGGUCACAUGUACCGGCCUGCCUCCGCUGCUCCCCGUGAGCGGUGGCGGAGCGCUGGCCACACCCGUGGUCACCUCACAGGCCGAGCUGCGCAGAGGGGACAUGCUGAGCCCUGGUGACCGUCACCUGGUGUCCCUGUGAGACCCGCACCCCGGCCGGCGGCUGGACGGAGCAGUACAACGUGUGGCUGUUCCCCUGUUGACAUAGUGAGAUAUUUAUUGCAUGUCUGUUGUUCGCAGUUUGCAUAUCGUUCACCCGUUUGUCAUAUACGCACAGCUUUGCGAAUCAUCGUGUUAUUUAUUUACCUGAUCAGUUCAAUUGCCAACGAGACCAUCAAUGUAGUACUGUUGGAGUUGACCUAUGCACUAUAUUUGUCAUGUAUUCGGUAUUAUUACCGAAGUGAAGUGUAACAUGAAUACAACUUCAUGAAUCUA